AUUAUUCCGGACUCCUUGUCGGACCUUGACACGAGCGGAUGCAUAUAGACUAUAUCCCAAAGCCCCGUCAGUACAUCUAUCGCAAGCGUUGUGCCUGACUGAAAAGUCUGAAAAGAACAUAGAGUAUCAUGGAGAAGAUAAUCUGUGUGAGCACGGUCCAAGAAAAUCGAAGCCUCCCAGCUUUUUCAAUGCCAGAAGGAUCCAGGACUCCGCCUGAGGAAAAAAUCCUUCGAGGGCCACUAGACUAUCUGCUUUCAGUCUCCGGCAAACAAAUCCGCACUGAGUUGAUCCUGGCCUUUAAUGAGUGGCUGAGGAUCCCGGAUGAGAAAGUGAAGAUCAUCAGUGAUGUGGUUGAGCUUUUGCAUACAGCAUCUCUACUGAUCGACGAUAUCCAAGAUGCGUCAAAGCUCCGGCGCGGAUUACCCGUCGCACAUGCCAUCUUCGGCGUCCCCCAGACAAUUAAUUCCGCCAAUUAUGCCUAUUACCUGGCGCAGGAGAGGAUGCAGGAUUUGAUGGAUCCACAGGCUUUCCGCAUAUUUACUGAAGAGCUGCUGAAUCUCCAUCGCGGCCAGGGGAUGGAGCUAUACUACAGAGAUCUCCUGGUGUGUCCUACGGAGGAAGAAUAUAUCAAGAUCGUCUCUAACAAGACUGGGGGCCUAUUGCGCUUGGCAUGGGGACUCAUGCAGACGCAGAGCCAUGUGGUAGUAGACUGUUCUUCUCUUGUGGAAAAGUUGGGGAUCAUCUAUCAGAUCCGCGACGACUACCUCAACCUGCAGAGCGGGCUGUACAUGCAAAAGAAGGGCUUCGGAGAGGAUCUUAGCGAGGGAAAGUUUUCGUUGCCUGUCAUCCACUGCAUCACUUCUUCUGCAGAUAACAACCUGCUUUUGAGUAUUUUAAAACAGCGAGUGAAUGAUGAGAGCAUCAAGGCCUACGCUAUUCGUUACAUGGAAGCGGCCGGGAGCUUUAAACAUUGCCUGAAGAAGCUGGACAUGCUGUGGAGUGAGGCCAUUGAUAUCGUCAGUCAGCUAGAGCUCUCCCUGGGUGGAUGCCAGCGCUUGCGUUCUAUCCUCCACAGACUCAAGGUUGAAUCUACUCCAGAGAGUGCUUCUGGCGGGAAUUGUUAUGC